UCUUUCCGCCUUGUGGGAGUCUCUUACUUCCGGUAGGGCUUGUAAAAUGGGAAAGAAGAUGGUUGUUUGAGUUAGUAAAAGACGAAAGGGCCAAAUUGAAGAAGUAUUUAAUUGUAUUCUUUGAGGAAGACAGCAACGCACUCAUAGCUUUAUUACAGCACUUCCCAAUUCAUUCAAAGAGAAGGGUUCAAGUUCCUCAUCUGAUAAUGGAGAACACAGCUGAUAAUGGAGACAGUACUGAACAAGGAAGCAAUGAACAGUCGGAAGUUCAGCGACAGCAUCAGAAUGAUCGCUUGGAUCGUGAAGAGGACUUCUAUCACUUUGUCAACAACUUGAGUGAAGAGGAUUACAGGCUGAUGAGAGACAAUAAUUUGCUGGGCACCCCUGGUGAAGUUACCAAAGAAGAGUUACUUCGUCGCCUUCUGCAGGUGAAGGAGGGGCCAGAACAGGUUAAUCAGAGUGAAAUCGGGGCAGAAGAAAAUCGUGGUCCUGAAACCCCAGAUGAUGGUUCAAAUGGUGAUUCGAUUCUUGAUUGGUUGAACUCUGUGAGACAAACUGGAAACACAACAAGAAGUGGCCAACGAGGAAACCAGUCAUGGCGGGCAGUGAGCCGCACUAAUCCCAACAGUGGAGAUUUUAGAUUUAGUUUGGAAAUCAAUGUAAACCGUAAUAUUGCAGAGCAGCAAAUGAGAGCAGAAGGAGAAAUGACAGAGAGGUCAGAAACUGAGCAACCUAUGGAGGUUUCUACACAUCUUACUGAGACAACAAAUGUAGAAAAUGCUGAUGUAGAUUCUGAAAGUCCUGGCCCUUCAGAUGCUGACAGAGUACAGGAAGUCUCAGAACCACAAACUCCCCAUGACCAAACUACUCAAAGAGGUGUCAGACGGGCAAGAAGCCGUAGUCCAGAGCAAAGAGUAACAAGACCAAGAAAUGACAGGAGUUGCUCACCAUCAUCUCGGGAUAAUGAUCAACUGCAUAGUUCUCCCCAGACCAGUUCAGUUGAAAGUCAGAAUCUAGAAAACCUUGUCGAACCACAUACUGAAGAAUCCAGCUCUGUAGCACAGAAUUUGCAUUCAAGGCCAAGUCUAACUGAAUCUGAUGCUGAUUUACAAAAUUCUACAAGACAGGACUCCUCUGUUCUUUCUGAACCAUCUCAAGAAAAUAAUUCUGGCAUUCAGGCAAGUGGUGAUACUAAUGCUGCAGGGAGGAGACCACCUACUAUCAUGCUGGAUCUUCAAGUACGGAGAGUACGGCCUGGAGAAUACAGACAGAGAGAUAGCAUAGCUAGCAGAACCAGGUCCCGGUCUCAAACUGCCAACAAUACCUUUACAUAUGAAAGUGAACAAGGUGGUUUCCGGCGUACUUUCUCACGAUCUGAGAGAGCCGGUGUACGCACUUACGUUAGCACCAUUCGUAUUCCAAUCAGACGGAUAUCUGAUGCAGGACUAAGUGAAGCUACCUCAAUGGCAUUGCAAACUAUGAUCAGGCAAAUAAUGACUGGAUUUGGGGAACUUAGCUACUUUAUGGACAGUGACAGUGACUCAGAUUCAAACAGAGGACCCAACAUUGAUUUACCAAAUGUUGGUGGCAGUUUAAGUCCUGAAAAUGUUGAAUUGCAAACCCAGGAAGAUCGGAGGAAUGACGCAAGUUUACAGUCUGGGGCUGGAGGAGAGAGCCGUGAAAGCAGAGUUCCAAAUAGUGCUGAGGAUGCUGGGUCCUUGCCUUUUCUUAGGCUAGCACACUUCUUUCUUUUAAAUGAUGAUGAUGAAGACCAUCCUAGGGGACUUACUAAAGAACAAAUUGACAAUCUUUCUACCCGAAGUUUUGGGGAAAGUGAUGGUCUUAAAACAUGUAGUGUGUGUAUUACAGAGUAUGCAGAAGGAAAUAAGCUUCGCAAGCUUCCAUGUUCUCAUGAAUACCAUGUUCACUGCAUUGAUCGUUGGCUUUCUGAAAAUUCCACUUGUCCCAUUUGCCGUAGGGCAGUACUGGUUUCAGGCAACCGAGAGAGUGUCGUCUAGCAGUUUGUUUUUUUGUUGUUUUUUUUGUUUUGUUUUUUUUUUUUUUUUUUGUUUUUUUUUUUUAGCUCCUGGAGUUUCUGUGCAAUAGAGUUAGCUAUUGAAGGAACAGCAGAGUCACUAUGAUUUUAUUCCAGUUCUACUAGGGGAUUGCUUGACUCACUCUUAAAUGAUCUUUGUUUUCACUGUUGAAAAAUAGAAAAUGCUGUAUGUAUGUUUCCAAUGGAUUGCUCUUACUCAUCUUGGAAGACCAAGUUAUUUAUCAUGAAUAGGGGAACUUAACUCCCUUGUAUCAUUCAUUGUUGAUCAUUUUUAUAAUCAUACUGAGAAAUAAAAAAAAUAUGACUAUACUUUUUAACAUCUUUUUAAUAUCUUUAUAAGACUGGAUAGUGCUAAAAAGCAUCUUAACUUGUACUUUUGUUCUGCUGCAUUAAAAUAAUUGUUUUUUCUUUGCACUAAAUGUCACUUUUUUGCUUUGCAUUAGGUAUAGAAAGUUACCACCCCCUUUAUUGGUACCUCUUUAUAACACUCUGAAAAAACAGGCUUUUUUCAUUUUUAUUUGCAGUAUAUUUCUAAGACAAGAAUCCACUAUGAGCUGAAAGGUGCUUUCAAAAGAACUUGAUUAAGGCAUUUCAAAGGCUCUGGGCCUCUCACAGAGCAUAGUAAAGACCAUCAUUAAGAAGUAGAAAAUAUGACACCACUAAUUGCUUUUCAAGAGAGGCCACCAAGAAAACAGUGGCAGCUAUAAAGGAUCUGCAGAACUUUUUAGCAGAGACUCUAGUCAUUGUGUGUGGGGGACUGCAUCACAACACUUAACCUGACCUGUAUAGGAAGGAUUGCAAGAAAAGAGACACUCAUUAAAAAAAAAAAAAAA